AUGUUUCGUCGCGUUGUCGCCCACACUGUGGCACCGGCAGCCCUGUGCCGGUAUCUCACUGUCAGCGUUGACAUCCGCGAAAGCCUCACCAAACCGCUCAGCUCUUUGAAGGAAGAGUGCAAGGGGCAGAACCUUGACUUGGCUGACAUGGCAGAGGCGAUGAAGGGCGCGACAUACAAACUUCAGGAAGUAAUCAAGAAGAGCGCCGUCGAGGAUAAGCAGUUCAAAGGGAAAGCACUCACGCUGUCCGCCUCACUGAAGGCGUACAACACGCGGCUCGCCAACCUCCAGAACGAGACGCGCUCUAUUCAAGCUGAAAUUGACGCCAUCAUGAAGUUGCUAUGGGGCACGGACAGGCCGGAAGGCGCCAACUUCGCAACGCCUCCUACGGAAAAAGCACCCAACUCCACAGAAGACUUGGAGGUGGAACCGCCACCGAUCACGCGCGCACAUGGAGAGGAGAAACCGUCUGCAUCGCCGAGUGCAGCGCCUCUGGAGCCCAAUGUGGAGCGCGUUGAAGGAGAGCGCGUAGAGGCGUCUACUACGCUUGGCACUUCCUCGUCAGCAGAUGCCGGCAAAACGGAGGAAAUCGAGGUGGAGACCAUCGAGAUCGAAGUCGAGCCGGCAGUGCGGGAGGAUCCAGUCGAGACAAUGAAGGUGACAGACAUCACGAAGGAGCUCUAUGAGCGUGGCAUCAACUUCUCCGACUGCAUGGACGCACGGACACUGCGAAAGCGCUAUCGCGAUGUGCUGAGUGGCAAGAUCCCCACUACUGCCAACCAAUCAUCUUCAUCAGCGUCGAAGGGCUUUACGGAGCCGCUGACAGCGAACACCAACCAGCCACGCAUGCCUCAGCGGGCGCCUCCUCAGCCAAACCAGUACCAGUACCAGCAUCAGCAGCAGUCGAGCACCGACAGCGCGGGCAGCGGAAUCACCAACGACCCCUACCCCAACGCGCAUCGCAAGAUGGUGGAUCCAAUGAAGUUUGUGUAUCAGAUCAAGCAGGAGCUUGCACUGGAGAAGGGCAUCGACGCAAGUGCAGUCGACUUGUGGAGUGGAAAGAUCAAGCUGGAUGACAACAAGCGUCUCUACGACUACCCAUCGAUCCAGAGCUACCCGAUCGAGGUGCGACAGAAGGGAGAUGUGCCAGCGUAG